AUGCUCGCAAUUGCGAUCAGUUUCCUAGCUGUGUGGGCGACAGCCAACGCUGUCCCUACGUCAAACUCAGCUCCCACAGCUAAGAUUCUGAAUGGAACUUAUGUGGGGACUUACAAUGCCCAUUAUGACCAGGAUUACUUCUUAGGAAUGCCUUACGCCCAGCAACCUGUAGGUAAUCUGCGGUUCACGGUACCGCAAUCGUUAAAUGAGAGCUGGGAUGGGACGCGCGAUGCGACAAAAUACUCCGAUAUCUGCGUUGGCUAUGGCACCGACUCGAUCUGGUAUCCCCAGUCCGAAGCUUGUCUUACCAUUAAUGUCAUCCGAGGCUCAUCCGCCACGGCGGACUCUAAGCUCCCAGUUGCAGUUUGGAUUCAUGGAGGCGGGUUUUAUAUGGGAGCUGGAUCGGAUCAACGAUACAAUACUUCGAGGAUGUUGGACAACGCGUAUGAUAUUGGAAAACCAUUCAUCGCCGUCACGUUCAAUUACAGACUCUCAGCCUGGGGCUGGAUAAGUUCAAGUCAGGUCUGGGGCACUGGGAACACAAACCUCGGCCUGCGCGAUCAAAGGCUAGCUCUGCACUGGGUACAGGAGAAUAUCGCAGCAUUUGGCGGUGAUCCCACCAAAGUAACGAUCUGGGGUGAAUCCGCAGGUGCCAUGUCAGUGGGAUAUCAUCUCACAGCGUACGGAGGUCGAGACGACAAGCUCUUCCGAGCUGGGAUCAUGGAGUCAGGCGGCUCAAUCGCAGCCGAUCCAGGAAACUACACUACAUUCCAAUCGAGCUACGAUGCGCUGGUGUCCAAAGUAAACUGCAGCAACACCGAGGACACGCUGCAGUGUCUACGUGAAGUACCAUUCCAGACUUUGAACUCUGUUCUGAAUGGGACCGAUGGGUACUCAGACUAUAGUUUUGCGCCUGUGGUGGAUGGCGAUUUAAUUCAGAACUGGGGCAGUAUCCAGUUGGAUAAGCAUGAAUUUGUCAAAGUUCCGAUUCUUGCUGGCAGUAACACAGACGAGGGGACUGCGUUUGGACCGACGGGGAUUAAUACUACGGAGCAAUUCUAUGAAUACUUGACAGAUGGUGGACUCGAUUUCCAAACACCACCUUCUAUCGCCGAGGAAAUCCUUCGGCUUUAUCCCGAUAUUCCAUCCCUGGGUAUCCCAGAGUUCCUAGGUGAUGAACGAGUUCCAGCCGAGGGCUGGGAAUGGCGGCGCACUUGUGCCUUUGCGGGUGACUUCGUCAUGCAUGCGAAUCGGCGACGACAGUGCGAGGCCUGGACGGAGACAUCGACACCGGCGUACUGUUACCGAUUCAAUGUGCAUGCGGCGAAUGUGCCAAUUCUGGUCGGGGCGACCCAUUUUGAGGAGGUCUCGUUUGUGUUUAAUAACAUUUACGGAGUUGGAUACCAUUACGGGAAACCGUUUGCCGGCGUGCCGCAAUCGUACUAUGAUCUAAGUAGUAUGAUGACGAGUAUGUGGGCCUCUUUCAUUCAUGAUCUGGACCCCAAUCCCGGGACUGUGAACAAAUCGGUACAUUGGGAGGCUUAUGGAAAGGAUAACCCGGUUGACCUUUUUCUCAAUGCAAACAUGACAAGUCAUAUGGAGGCUGAUACAUGGCGCAAAGAGGCGAUUGACUAUCUCAAUUUGGUAGCUAAGGCGUUUUGGCGAUGA